AGAAGAAGAAAUUGUGUCGUUUGUUCUCGGAGAUAAUUGCCAUGAUACAUAACGCAGCAGUUACAGAAUAGCAGGUGUGUCCGUGCUGCGAGAUGUCGGUAGCUGGUGGCCGUGUGGCGGUAUUGUGGAGGGCUUUCUCUCAGUGUGCCGCUGUCGGUGUUGUCCGGGGUAACGGAGGGAUAAAGCUACCUGCCGCGAGCGUCACACCGAUCCAGAGCAGAGCACUCAGUGGCACGCGGCACCUCACUACAGGGAAGUUGGUGCGAAACGGAGAGGCUAAGAAAGCAGUGAUCUGUAUUGAGGGGAACAUUGCCAGCGGGAAGACAACAUGUCUGAAGUAUUUCAGCGAAACCAGCAAUAUAGAGGUCCUUACCGAACCAGUCUCUAAAUGGCAGAAUGUCCGUGGACACAACCCUCUGGCGCUGAUGUAUCAGGAUCCUGAGCGCUGGGGCAUCACACUGCAGACUUACAUUCAGCUCACCAUGCUGGAAAGACACCUGUCAACCAUAUCGGCUCCUGUCAGGAUGAUGGAGAGGUCCAUCUUCAGUGCCAAGUACAUCUUUGUGGAGAAUCUCCUCAGAAGUGGGAAAAUGCCCGAGGUGGACUAUGCUGUUCUCAGCGAGUGGUUUGAUUGGAUCAUAACUAACAUUUCCCUCCCUGUUGAUCUGAUUGUCUACCUGCAGACUUCUCCUCAGACCUGCCACGAGAGGUUAAAGAAGAGAUGCAGAGAGGAAGAGAAAGUCAUUCCAUUGGAGUAUCUGGAGGCCAUCCAUCAGCUGUAUGAGGACUGGCUCAUCAAGCGUACCUCCUCCCCUCUUCCUGCUCCUGUUCUAGUCAUUCCUGCUGACCAUGACCUCCAGAAGAUGCUGCAUCACUAUGAAGAAAACCGUGACAAAAUCCUUGCAGCCAGCUACCUCUGAUCGAGAUGGAGACAGGAGAUCUUAGAAAGCUGUUUACAAACCAUUGUUCUAUCAUUUAUCUGUUACAUUCACCCGAGGUUUUUCAUGACCAAUGCGAGCUUCUGAUUUUAACUUUUUAGCAAUUUGACAACUACAUGGGAUGACUUUGUACUCAACUACACCUCAGCUAGUGUGUGCGCUCAUAAGGUGGUAAUGCUCAUAUUUAGUGGCUUUCAAUUACAAAAUGUCCUUAUUUAAAAUGUGUGUUAAAGUUUUCUUAACCAUCGGUUGGACCCUGAGCUUUUCUUUGAAACAGUCUCUUAAAGGAUGUUGAAAAACCUCCCAAGUGUCAAAGAUUUUUCUUAGAGCUUCUCAGAUUGUGGGGUUUAGCGGAUUCAUUCUACACUGUAAUUUAUUUGCCCAGAUAUUUAUUAUUUUCCUCUUUAUUUUACCAUGUAAUGCACUUGAACUCCUUUUUAAAACAUGUUUGGAUUUUUAAUCUCAGUGAGUAAAAUGGCAGGAUGUGGUCACUGAUGAAGGAUUGCAGUGGUUCACAAAGGGCACCUCAGGUACGCGAGUGCUUGAUCUGUAAAGUGGCCACAUACAUGUGUAAACGUACUAAUGACUUGACUGUGGGACCUGAUGAAAACGUGUUGAAAUGUUUCUCUGUAAAUCCUUUUAAUGAAGGGACUUAGGUUCAUUGACAUGUUUUGUCAUAUUAAAUUCUGUAAUGCUAAUUUA